AGGCUUUAACGUAUGAAAGAAGUAUCCAGGUGUUUUUAUAAGAAUGACUAGUUGGAUAUCGAUAAAAAAUUUAGGAUCUUAGAGUUCCUUGUUAGUGUACGAAUUUGUUUUUAAUUAAGGAUUCGUAACGUGAUUUCUAUGAAUACUUAACACAAAGAUGACAGAAUUAAGCAACUGGAAUAUCAAGAAAUACGAUGAUGCACAGUAUAUGACCGAAGACGUAGAAACGUCCAAGAAUUUUUAAUCGAAAAAAGCUAAUGCAUUAAAGAAAGAGAGAAGGGGCAUAUCCAGUGAAAUUUCUAAUAAACGGUAGAGCCAAAGAUUAAAAUUAUAAUCAUGAAUGAAUGGGAGUAGGUGAAGUACGCGAAGAGAGCGAGCGUUGGCGUACGUGGGAGCCUCUGGAUGUCGAGGCUGCAGCAUCGGCAUUGUUGGCGGCAGUAAUGGCCCCUGCUCUGACGGAAGACGGUCCUCAAAAGCCUGAAAAUUUGCUCCCUUCUCUACCAGCUGUGGGGUUUUUGUCCCCUGAGCAGGCUACGCAGGUCUGUCACGAUCGAGAAAUUCUGGCAAAGUUCGUUGUAUCCGCGAACGUUCAGCCAUCAAAAAUCGACGAGCAGUACCUGCAUGGUGUAUCUAAAGAUCUUAUUCGUUAUGUUAUUAAUUCAAAAUACGCCAAUAGUCUUGACAAUUUAUCUACUUACACGCACGGCUCUGACUUGAUCUUAAGGGAGAUUUUUACGGAUCAGGACUGUAAACGGCCGGUGACGCCGGACAGUCCCAAAAAGAAGGAGAUUGAUACUAUAAUGAACGACCCAUCUAUGGGUGAUCACGCAGACAACAUGGGCUUCUUGAAAACAAGCGACGAUUUGUCUUUGGUGGAAUCUGCUACUGUAGAAGGAGACAAUAAAAAUUUGGAUGUUGAUCAAAUAAUGGCUUUUGGUACAGAGAUUAAUACGGACAAUGAACAGUGCAAUAUAAGCACUGUGGGUGAUAUCGGACAAAAUGUAGACGAAAUUCUGCAAGUAAUUAAAUCUAUAGAAUGUGUAGAGAAUGCAGAAAAUACUGCUGGUAGUUCUGAACCUGUACAAGGUAACGUGGACAGUGUGGACAAUGUGGACAAUGUGGAAAUGUUUCCAAUUCCUGAAGAAGGAUUCUCAUCUUUCGCACGAGAUUUACUUACUGACGCUGAUGUUAUGAGCCUUUGUAACGAAAAUAUAAAUAUUCCAGAAACAGUAGACCAGCAAAAAACCAACAGUUUACGUUUACAACAAGAAACUGUUGCGCAGAAACAAUUUGAAAAUGAGAGGAAGUGCGCAUUUCUACUUAGAAGACUGAGAAAGCUUCAAGCGCGACUUGUUGGUAGACAUGUUGCAGAAGAAAAUACAGGUGUGCUUGAACUUGCUCAUCAUGGAGUUAAAAAGUGUUUAUUUCAAGAAUUGGUCAAUAUCAGUUCUAAGUCCAAUGUCAGAAAUUUUCCUGAGAUUAGUAGUAGUUUGAAUUCAUUUUUACAAAAAAUCGAAAAGAUGUGUGUUACUCAAAGUAAUAAUGCACAUCGUCAGCGUUUGUGUUGUCGAUACUUUGGUGGUGGAUCGCGUGAUAAUUUGGGUAAUACGUCUGGUAAUAAUGGUAACCGAAUGCCAGUUUUUGGUAUGCCUCAAGUUAAAAUCAAUAGUGAAGAAGUUGAAAAUGUAGCAGGACCUUUGGCAACUCAGUUACACAUUGUAGAAUCUAAUUUGGAUUCAGAUUGUACUGCAUCUAGUAGUGGUGGAGAAAGCUGUGAUGAAAUGCAAUCAUUUAAUAAUCCACAUCAGCAACAACUACCAAUAUCUAAAAGAGCAGCAUGGAGAUAUGCUCAAGACCGUGCAGGUAUAGCAUCGAGGUGGACCUGGUUGCAGGCACAAAUAUCAGAUUUAGAAUAUAGAAUUAGACAACACAAUGAACUUCAACGUCAAGUUAGGGCGGUGAAGGGUCUAGUGAUACUUGACAAUGCAGAAACAGUAAAUGGAUAUAGUGGUGUUUUGCCUGGUUCUACUGGUCGAUAUAAUUUACCUGAAAGUGAACUCUCAGCUAGCAGAACUCGUCCAUUUGUAUGGAGUUUUUAUAGAAAGCGAAAAUUAUUACAAGUUGAUAGGCUACACGAAGUCUCAAAACGUGCAGCUAAAGCAUCCACAGUAAGAUGUAGCUGUGAUCAUACAUUGCCUGCAUGUGCUUUGUGCACAGGAAGGCUAGAUCCAACUCAGACACAAGAACCAAUUGAACAACUGUCUGUUCAAGAGAGGCUGGCACUUGUUGAUCCUUGUUAUCAUCCAGUUUUAUCUUUUCCAGAUGAGAUUGUUCAAGGAACCCAUUUAGAAGCUAUCAUGAAAUCAGCAGAGUGGCAACAAAAGAUGUUGAGAGGAAGUUCGCGUAUUACUCGAUUAAAGGAUAAAGAUAGUAAUGAAAGGAGAAAUAAAAAACUUCCUGGACAUAGAGCGAAGUAUGCUACACGUUUGAAACAGUCCUCUUCUAGCAUCUUCACAGCACGGAUUAAGAGGAAGAUGCUAAAAGGAAAGAGAAAUAGACUAGGACAUGAAAGAAAUGCAAAUGGUUUAAGCAGGAAAAGAGUACCAAAGUUGCCAACUGAGGAUGAUGAGGAUAUUAAUGCGCUUUCUAGUUCCAGUAAACAUUCUUCUCCAGUGCCUUCUCCAUUACAACAUACCAAUACUACACUGGAAAAAAAUUCAGUAAAAGAGAGGAAUUCAACUUUGCAUGGACGUUUGCGACAAAACUCGUACGAUAUAGACAAUAUUGUCAUCCCGUAUAGCGUAGCAGCUUCAACAAGGCUUGAAAAAUUACAAUAUAAAGAAAUUUUAACUCCAAAAUGGCGACUGUGCGAAGAUCGACCAAAAACUGACGUAAAAAAUGGUAUUAUGCAUAGGCCUAGUCAAGACAGUGAUUUUGAGGAUAUAUCAGAUGAAACAAUUGCUUUAAGACAUGAACGAAGUGAACGCGAAGAAAAUAAACGUUUCAUGACGUACCUCAAUAUGCCUCAUCAAACACGUAUUCGUCACAAUCGCCGUACUGACAGUAGAGCAGAUAGUGGUGCGAACACACCAGAUCCCAUGUCUCCACAUGCUAGUGACUUUGGUGGAGAUGUAAUGUCUCCAAUCACAUCUCCACCUGCAACUCCUUUACAAGUACAGGAGACAGAACAUCAACAACAAAACUUGGAUUCACAUCGACGUCGUGCCAUGUCCGUUUUAAGGAUAGGAAAAGACGACGUUGGAACUUCUUACAAUGAAGAUGAGAAUGAGAUUUUACCGUAUGAACCACGAGUAUUUCCACUGUCUGAGGAAGUUUAUGACAAGAUGGUCGAAGUAAUGCCAGAUGGACAUUGGCAAACUUCAUCGGUAUCUCUGUGUCCUCGAGACGAAGAUAAAGACGAUGAUGGGGAAUUGGAAUCUCCUGAAUCUGAUUCAACAGAAUCUGCUUGUUGUGACAUAGAAGGGGAGGAUCCUAAUGAUCCUGAAUGGACGGUAGCUGACAAUAGGGAUACUGAAAAGGAAAGAAUACGUCCGACUGCUAAAAGAUAGGAUAAAGGUUUUAAUAAGUACAGUAUGUCUAUAUUGUCGUUACUAUAUGCAGAAGCUACCUGUCAAUUGUUAUAUAUACCUGCCGGUCAUGUAAUAUGCACCUUAAGUUAAUGGUAUUACGAAUCUGUAAAGUGUAUUAUAAAUAUAAAUUUUAUAACUUCA